AUGGCUCUUCAGCCAAACCCUCUCAGCGCAAUGGAACUUAUCGCCCAGGAGCCGAUCCGGCUUGUUCACGGAAGGAAAGCAAUUUGCGACGGAGGAGGAGGACCGUUGGGCCACCCCAAAAUUUAUAUUAACUUGGACCAACCAGGACCUCGUGCAUGCGGGUGUGUAUACGUUUCUCGUCAUCUGGGUUUCUGGAUAGAAGUGGCUCAAUAUAUGCCUACCCGCGCUCCGUUCGCUAUAGAUAUUGUGGAAUUCGGUUCGAACAAGACCCCCAUCAUCAUUAAUAGUCAUCCCCAUAUGUUGCCAUACGAAACAAUAGAACGAGCUUCACCUAGCGAUAAAUGUUAUGACUUGAAUGUCAAGAACACCGCGGACCACAAAAUUGGCUUUAAUCCUUUCUGA